UCAAGAUCCUCAAGAGAUGGCGAAUGGAGGUUUUCCUUUCCAAAUGCCGAUGCUCACAAAGAACAACUAUGAUAAUUGGAGUAUCAAGAUGAAGGCGCUACUAGGAGCUCAAGAUGUGUGGGAUAUCAUAGAGAAUGGCUUCGAGGAGCAAGAUGAAGCCUCGCUAAGCCAAGGUGUAAAGGAGACGUUGAAGGAGUCAAGAAAGAGAGACAAGAAAGCUCUCUUUCUCAUUUAUCAAUCGGUGGAUGAAGAUACAUUUGAGAAGAUAUCCAACGCAACGACGGCCAAAGAAGCAUGGGAUAAGCUUCAAACUUGCAACAAAGGAGUUGAGCAGGUAAAAAUGAUUCGUCUUCAAACUCUUAGAGGUGACUUUGAGCGUUUGUUUAUGGAGGAGUCCGAGUCAAUUUCUGAUUAUUUUUCUCGAGUAUUGGCCGUAGUCAAUCAACUUAAAAGAAAUGGUGAAGAUGUUGAUGAGGUGAAGGUCAUGGAAAAAAUACUUCGAACUUUAAAUCCAAGUUUUGACUUCAUUGUAACCAACAUUGAAGAAAACAAGGAUUUAAAGACCAUGACUAUUGAGCAACUCAUGGGUUCCUUACAAGCAUACGAAGAAAAAAAAAAGAGAAAAAUUAAACAAAAGGAGGCUACGGAGCAACUACUACAACUCAACGUAAAGGAAGCAAACUAUGCAAAUUACAAGAGCCAAAGAGGACGAGGUCGCGGCCAAGAUCGUGGACGUGGAUGAGGACAUGGAGGAGAAGGAAGAGGUGGUUACAACAACCACUCCAACAAAUUCAACAAUGGAGAAAGAAGUUGGAAUCCACAAGUAACAAGAGGUCGUGGAAGAGGAAAUUCAUGGUUGAGGUAUGACAAAUCACAA